AUUACGUUUAGUUUGCUAUAAUUAUACGUUUAUUUCUUAUUUAAAAUCUUGAAGUGUACAGGUACGAGGAAUACAGUACUUGACAUUAGUUAUGAAAUCAAAGUUAGAAAAAUACUGCAAAAAAAAUCUUUAUUAAUGAUUAGUUUGCAUUAUAAAUUAAUACAUAUAACUAUUUGCUAAAAGAUUGCAUCAAUACUCGUAAGAAUGAUAUAACACAGGAAUCGGAAACAGAGACUUGUAUUGUGUCAUUUGGAUUUCUUUGUUUCAUUUGCAGUUGGAUUUCAGUUUGUUUUUCAGACAGCUGCCUUACCUCAAAUACGAAAUCUUUACAAAGGAAAACAUGUGCGAAGGACUCAACAGGGUGGUCGUUUUCUUGAUUUUGAACAUUUUUACCAAUGUUUUGGUAUUAGCGACCGGGAAUCAAGUGAAAGGAAGCGCAAGUCAGUCGUCACAAUACCGUACAUGCUCAGCAAAAAAAGCCUUCGACGGUGAAAUAAUCUUCCAUGAAUCUGAAUCUCGUUGCACAUGCAGUGCUACAGCUUCUCAUCAAAUACCUCGGUGGUGGGAAAUGAAUUUUGGAUCCAAGCAUUUGAUUGGUUCUAUUAAAGUCAUCGGCCGUGAUGGGCGUCAUCCUAAGCCACGCAGUACCCUCUGGAAAGAUGGUGACAGCCAUCUACUGUUCAAAGGUCCAGCAAGAGAGCAAAGUCAAAGCCUUGCUGUUUAUAUAAGUAACGAUACGAUGGGAACAAACAGUGGUACAGUCGUUCACAUGCCUGAUUCGAAUACUAUUGGGUUAAUCGUGCAGUUUAAUCACGCUCCUCGGGUUGCCCAGUAUAUCAACAUCAAAAAAGAUGUUGCAAAGGACGUGAUGACUAUAUGUGAAGUAGAAGUAUUCGGAGCAAACUGUCCGUCAGGAUAUUUUGGUGACAUGUGUUUGCGAAGAUGUCAUUGUAGGAACCAAUGUGAAGUUAUUUCUGGUCACUGCACCGAAUGUGAGCCGGGUUGGGAGACACCUACAUGUGAAACUGCAUGCCACUCUGGGUUCUACGAUGACUGCAAACAAGUGUGUGGGAAAUGUAAGCAGCCGCCUUGUAACAAAACUGAUGGCUAUUGCACUGGUGGCUGUGCAGAAGGAUUUGCUGGAGAUAAAUGUGAUGAAGAUUAUAAGGAGGAGCGAUUGUUUACCGCCUCCGAGGUUGCCGGGGUGGCUGGAGGGUCGGUAGGAGGAUGUCUUCUCCUUCUCGGACUGGUAUUUGCUAGUCUUCUUGUAUAUAGAAGAUACAAGUCGGCAUCAAAGGAAAGAGACACAACUAACGUUAUUCCAGACAUCGAAUACGUUAAUACUAGGAGAGCGUACGGAGGCCCCUACGAACUACAGCUUCAAAAUAGAGAUGAACAUAUAUAUCAGACUAUCAAGUACUGACACUUGUCGAGAACUGUUCUCUGUUUUAUAAUGCGAUAAAAGUGUUACUUUAUUUCAAUGUAGCUACGCAUUUUGUGCGUUCUUUUAUGACACGUAUACUGUUAUAUAAACUA